AGAAAUAAAAAGUAUUAAAAUAAAAAAUGAUAAGCACGAAUGUUUCGUUAUUUUUUAUCAAUUGUUCUAAUACUAUCCUUAUCGUUCCAUUGCAGGUACAUACCAAUGGAAGUAUAUAUGCUAUUAUUUGUUUAUUUUUGUUUUCAUCCGGCCCGAUUGUUUUUAUGAAUAUUGGAAUUAUUGGAGUAACCUAUUACUAUCGGAAAAUGCAUUCUCCUUUUAAUGUUUUGUUAGCUAUUACAUCAUUUUGGGAUUUACUCGUUGGAAUGUUUGCAAAUGUUUCAAUGGCAGUAGUUUUAAUAAUGUCAGUUUCAAUGAGCCAUAACUGUGUUUUAUUUUUAUUUACAAUUUUUACUUUUUAUGCAUUUGGAUUUUUAUCUUUUUUAACAGUUAGUAUGACAUCAUUUGAUCGUUACUUUGCAGUUUUUCAACCUUUUUUCUAUCAAAAGCAUGUAGAUGGAAACCCACGUUUCUACAUAAAGUGGAAUAUCAUUAUUGCUACAGUUGUAAUGCUUGUUACAGGAUUUAGUUUUUUAACUCAAAACAGAGUUUUAUGUGAGUUAUUUAUCUUAUCUAUCUCUCCCAUACUUAUACCAUUAGUUUUAUACAUUCAUACUCAAUUGCAUAAUAGAGCGAAACUGGUUAGACGUCAAAUAUCAGCCCACAAUCCAAACGAAUAUACAUCAAAUGAAAUAAAAAAUGCGCAUCAGAUUAAUGAAAUUAAAAUAGCAGAAAAAAAAGUCACAAGCGAUGCAAAAAUAAACAGUUUAACGAUGAUGGUGUAUUUAUCAACAUGUUUUGCGUAUUUUCCUAUUUUGACACUAUUGUAUUUGUGGCAUUUGAAAAAAAACUCUUACCUAUGGAGUUGGACGCAUACCUUAUAUUUAUGGAGUAGUAUGCUAACAAUGCUAAAAUCACUAACAAAUCCAACAAUUUAUUUCUAUCGUUCUAAAGUAUUGCGCAGAAGUUUAAGACGUAUGAAAGUCGGCCAACGGGUAAGCAACGUUCUAAGGACGUCCAAACGUCCGCAAGAAGUCCGAAGGACGUCCGACGGACAAAGCAUCCCUACUGGACUAUCAGUCAGCUAAAGUCUUACAAGGGUAUACAUAAAUUCAACUAUUAAUUUUACAUACCAGUUUUAAGUUAAACUCCAACUAUCUAUGUAAAUUAUGUAAUACAUGGAUUUAUAGUCUCAGUUCUGUUCCGCAAAAUAUCUCAAAACUGUUUAGAAAAGUAAAUAUUUCUAGAAUUUGAGAAGAUUUGAGAAAAAAUUUGAGAAACAGAGUAUGACAUUUUGAUAUUACU